UAGCUUUUAUUUCCUUCUCGGAUGUUAUAACAGGAUAGGAAGAGAAAGGAGAGAGAGAGAGAGAGACAGUUUGAUCGGAAUGUCGUCCUCGUCUUCGAGGGGGGCGGGGCCCUCGGAGCCGCCGCCGCGGAGGCAGAUCAUGCGGACGCAGACUGCUGGGAACCUGGGAGAGUCCAUAUUUGACAGUGAAGUUGUGCCUUCUUCUCUCGUCGAGGUUGCACCCAUUCUUCGUGUUGCUAAUGAAAUCGAGAAGACCCAUCCCAGAGUUGCUUAUCUCUGCCGCUUUUAUGCCUUUGAGAAAGCUCAUAGGUUGGACCCCACUUCAAGCGGUCGUGGUGUUCGCCAAUUCAAAACCGCCCUUCUUCAACGCCUUGAAAGAGAAAAUGAUCCAACACUGAAGGGAAGGGUAAAGAAAAGUGAUGCUCGUGAGAUGCAGAGUUUCUAUCAGCACUACUACAAAAAAUAUAUUCAAGCUUUACAAAAUGCUGCUGAUAAAGCUGACCGUGCACAGCUUACCAAGGCAUAUCAGACUGCUAAUGUUCUUUUCGAGGUUUUGAAGGCUGUUAACGUGACCCAAUCUAUGGAAGUUGAUCGCGAGAUUUUGGAGACCCAAGAUAAAGUUGCUGAGAAGACUGAGAUCUUAGUCCCUUACAAUAUUCUUCCUCUUGAUCCUGAUAGUGCAAAUCAGGCUAUAAUGAAAUUUCCUGAGAUCCAAGCUACUGUACAUGCUCUUCGUAACACUAGGGGUCUUCCCUGGCCUAAGGACUACAAGAAAAAAAAAGAUGAAGACAUUCUAGAUUGGCUUGGAUCGAUGUUUGGAUUUCAGAAGCACAAUGUUGCAAAUCAGAGAGAGCAUUUGAUCUUAUUGCUUGCUAAUGUUCACAUAAGACAAUUUCCAAAGCCUGAUCAGCAGCCAAAGUUGGAUGAGCCUGCACUGUUAGAAGUGAUGAAGAAACUGUUCAAGAAUUAUAAAAAGUGGUGCAAGUAUUUGGAUCGGAAAAGUAGUCUUUGGUUACCAACCAUACAGCAAGAAAUGCAGCAGCGCAAACUACUAUACAUGGGUCUGUAUCUUCUAAUAUGGGGUGAAGCUGCCAACCUAAGAUUCAUGCCAGAAUGCCUUUGUUAUAUAUAUCAUAAUAUGGCUUUUGAAUUGUAUGGUAUGCUUGCUGGUAAUGUAAGUCCAAUGACUGGAGAGAAUGUCAAGCCAGCAUAUGGAGGUGAAGAGGAGGCCUUCUUACGGAAAGUGGUCACUCCUAUUUAUGAUGUGAUUGCAAAGGAAGCUGGACGAAGCAAAAAGGGAAGGUCAAAGCAUUCACAAUGGAGGAACUAUGAUGAUUUAAAUGAAUAUUUCUGGUCUGCCGAUUGUUUUCGGUUAGGUUGGCCAAUGCGUGCUGAUGCUGAUUUCUUUUGUCUGCCAGCUGAGCAGCUACAUAUUGACAAAUCUAACGAUGACAAGCCAGCUAACAGAGACAGAGGGAUUGGGAAAGUGAAUUUUGUUGAGAUAAGGUCAUUUUGGCACAUUUUCAGAAGUUUUGACCGCAUGUGGAGUUUUUUCAUUCUGUGUUUACAGGCUAUGAUUAUAAUUGCUUGGAAUGGAUCUGGGGAUCCAAGUGUAAUCUUCAAUGGUGAUGUAUUCAAGAAUGUCUUAAGUGUGUUUAUAACAGCAGCUAUAUUGAAGUUUGGCCAAGCUGUUCUUGAUGUAAUCCUAAGUUGGAAAGCACACCAGAGUAUGUCACAUUAUGUCAAGUUACGAUACAUUCUAAAAGUUGUUGCAGCUGCAGCAUGGGUGGUUGUUCUGUCAGUUACUUAUGCGUAUUCAUGGGAUAAUCCUCAUGGGUUUGCUCAAAUCAUCAAAAGUUGGUCGAACUACAGGAUUGUGAUGCUAAUUAUGUGGUGGUCACAGCCUCGUCUGUAUGUUGGUAGGGGAAUGCAGGAGAGCUCAUUUUCGAUUUUCAAGUACACGGUGUUUUGGGUCCUACUUAUAAUUACGAAGUUGGCUUUCAGUUACUAUAUAGAGAUAAAACCUCUGGUGGGACCUACGAAAGCUAUAAUGAGUGUAAAAAUCUCGACUUUCCAGUGGCAUGAAUUCUUUCCCCAUGCUAGGAACAAUAUUGGCGUUGUAGUUGCACUUUGGGCUCCAAUUAUUCUUGUAUACUUUAUGGAUACCCAAAUUUGGUAUGCCAUAUUCUCAACCUUAUUUGGUGGGAUUUAUGGUGCAUUCCGUCGCCUUGGGGAGAUACGGACCUUAGGAAUGCUUAGGUCUCGUUUUCAAUCAUUGCCUGGUGCCUUCAAUGCCAGUUUGAUUCCAGAGGAAACGAAGGAGCCAAAGAAAAAAGGAUUAAAGGCCGCUUUUUCUCAUAGAUUUGCUGAGAUCCCAUCAAACAAAGGGAAGGAACCUGCAAGGUUUGCACAAUUGUGGAACCAAAUAAUUACUAGUUUCAGAGAGGAAGAUCUUAUUAGUAAUAGGGAGAUGGACCUUUUGCUUGUUCCUUAUUGGGCUGAUACUCAGUUGAACCUUAUACAAUGGCCCCCUUUUCUACUUGCUAGCAAGAUCCCAAUUGCACUAGAUAUGGCCAAGGACAGCAAUGGAAAGGAUCGAGAGCUGAGAAAGAGAAUUGAGGCAGACGACUACAUGUCUUGUGCUGUCCGUGAGUGCUAUGCUUCAUUUAAGAGCAUUAUUAACCAAAUGGUUCAAGGGCCACGGGAGAUACCGGUUAUAGAGUACAUGUUCGAUGAAGUAGACAAACAUAUAGAAGCGGGUAAAUUGAUAUCUGAAUUCAAAAUGAGUGCUCUUCCUAGCCUCUAUGGACAGUUUGUUCAGCUAAUAAAAUAUUUGUUGGAAAAUAGUCAGAAAGAUAGGGACCAAGUUGUGAUUUUAUUCCAGGACAUGCUGGAGGUUGUGACAAGAGAUAUAAUGAUGGAGGAUCAGGAUCAUAUAUUUAGUUUGGUAGAUUCAAGCCAUGGAGGAUACGGACAUGAGGGGAUGCUUCCCCUUGAGCCUGAGCCACGGCACCAGUUAUUUGCAUCUGAAGGAGCUAUCAAUUUUCCAAUUGAACCAUUGACGCCAGCUUGGACAGAGAAGAUUAAUCGGCUUUUCUUGCUACUUACGACAAAAGAAUCUGCAAUGGAUGUACCAUCUAACUUAGAAGCAAGAAGGCGUAUUUCUUUCUUCUCAAAUUCUUUGUUUAUGGACAUGCCUGUGGCACCAAAAGUUCGCAACAUGCUUUCAUUCUCGGUUUUAACACCAUAUUAUACAGAAGAGGUUCUCUUCUCAUUACAUGAUUUGGAUUCACCGAAUGAAGAUGGUGUUUCAAUACUGUUCUACUUGCAAAAGAUUUUUCCAGAUGAGUGGAACAACUUUCUUGAGCGAGUGAAGUGCUCUAGUGAGGAGGAACUUAAAGGGAAUGAAUCCGACGAGUUAGAAGAACUUCGUCUUUGGGCAUCAUAUAGAGGGCAAACUUUGACUAGAACUGUAAGAGGUAUGAUGUAUUAUAGAAAAGCUUUGGAGCUCCAAGCUUUUCUUGAUAUGGUCAAAGAUGAAGACUUGAUGGAAGGUUAUAAAGUCAUAGAAAACUCAGAUGAUAACUCAACGGGGGAAAGGUCAUUGCGGACUCAGUGUCAAGCAGUAGCUGAUAUGAAAUUCACAUACGUGGUAUCAUGCCAACAAUAUGGCAUUGACAAGCGAUCUGGUGCUGCUCGUGCACAUGACAUAUUAAGGCUUAUGACAAGAUAUCCUUCACUUCGAGUUGCCUAUAUUGAUGAGGUGGAGGAACCUAUCAAAGACAGUAGACAGAAAAAGAUCAACAAGGUUUACUACUCUUGCUUGGUGAAGGCUAUGCCAAAAUCCAGUAAUUCUUCGGAGCCUGAGCAGAAUCUGGACCAGGUCAUAUAUAAAAUAAAGCUACCUGGACCAGCGAUUUUGGGUGAGGGUAAGCCUGAAAAUCAGAAUCAUGCCAUAAUUUUCACACGUGGAGAAGGCUUGCAAACAAUAGAUAUGAACCAGGAUAACUAUAUGGAAGAAGCUUUGAAAAUGAGAAAUUUGUUGCAAGAAUUUCUUAAGAAGCAUGACGGUGUGAGGUUCCCAAGUAUUCUUGGACUUAGGGAGCAUAUAUUUACUGGAAGUGUUUCUUCCCUUGCAUGGUUCAUGUCAAAUCAAGAAACAAGUUUCGUGACAAUUGGUCAGAGAUUGUUGGCUAAUCCCUUGAGGGUUCGUUUCCACUAUGGUCAUCCUGAUGUCUUUGAUAGGCUUUUUCACCUUACAAGAGGGGGUGUCAGUAAAGCCUCCAAGGUUAUCAAUCUGAGUGAAGAUAUUUUUGCUGGCUUCAACUCUACACUCCGUGAAGGAAAUGUUACUCAUCAUGAAUACAUACAAGUUGGGAAGGGAAGAGAUGUGGGUCUCAACCAGAUUUCUAUGUUUGAAGCAAAGAUAGCCAAUGGCAAUGGAGAGCAAACACUAAGUCGAGAUGUAUACCGACUUGGGCACCGUUUUGACUUCUUCAGAAUGCUGUCCUGUUACUUCACCACUGUUGGAUUCUAUUUCAGCACUCUUAUAACCGUUCUCACUGUUUAUGUAUUCCUCUAUGGUCGCCUUUAUCUUGUUCUCAGUGGGCUUGAAGAAGGUUUGAGUACACAAAAAGCCGUUCGAGACAAUAAGCCUCUUCAAGUGGCUCUGGCUUCUCAGUCAUUUGUUCAAAUUGGAUUUUUAAUGGCCUUGCCCAUGUUGAUGGAAAUAGGCUUGGAAAGGGGCUUCCGAACUGCACUCAGUGAGUUCAUCUUAAUGCAGUUGCAGCUGGCCCCUGUAUUUUUCACAUUUUCACUGGGGACAAAGACUCACUAUUUUGGAAGGACACUACUUCAUGGAGGUGCAAAAUAUAGACCCACAGGACGUGGGUUUGUGGUUUUCCAUGCUAAGUUUGCUGAUAAUUAUAGACUUUACUCCCGUAGCCACUUUGUCAAGGGUAUUGAGCUCAUGACAUUGCUUAUUGUAUAUCAAAUAUUUGGUCAUACGUACAGAACUGCAGUUGCUUAUGUCUUGAUUACCAUAUCGAUGUGGUUUAUGGUGGGCACCUGGCUGUUUGCUCCCUUCUUGUUCAAUCCCUCUGGGUUUGAAUGGCAGAAAAUUGUUGAUGAUUGGACUGAUUGGAAUAAAUGGAUUAGUAACCGAGGAGGUAUAGGUGUACCACCUGAAAAAAGUUGGGAAUCUUGGUGGGAAGAGGAACAAGAGCAUCUCCAAUAUUCAGGAAUACGGGGAAUCAUAGUGGAGAUAUUGUUAUCAUUGCGAUUUUUUAUCUACCAGUAUGGUCUCGUUUAUCACUUAAAGAUUACGAAGAAGGGCACAAAAAGUUUUAUGGUCUAUGGCAUUUCGUGGUUUGUGAUCUUAGUAAUAUUGUUUGUCAUGAAGACGGUGUCCAUUGGGAGGCGUAAAUUCAGUGCAAAUUUUCAACUUGUCUUCCGACUAAUCAAAGGAUUGAUAUUCCUAACUUUUGUCUCGAUUCUUGUUACUUUGAUUGCUCUUCCACAUAUGACAUUGCAGGAUAUUGUUGUUUGCAUUCUCGCCUUCAUGCCAACUGGUUGGGGAAUGCUACAGAUUGCACAAGCGUUAAAACCUAUAGUACGCCGAGCUGGAUUUUGGGGAUCAGUAAAAACUCUUGCUCGCAGUUACGAGAUUGUCAUGGGUUUACUUUUGUUCACUCCUGUUGCUUUUCUGGCUUGGUUUCCUUUCGUUUCAGAAUUUCAAACACGUAUGCUGUUCAACCAAGCGUUCAGCAGAGGUUUGCAAAUUUCUCGUAUUCUUGGAGGCCAAAGGAAGGAGCGCUCUUCUCGCAACAAGGAAUAGUUUCUUAAAUAAAAUCCUUGGUUCUGGUUGCACUAACAGCUUCAGCAAGGUUUUCUGUAACAAUUCUAACUAGUAGUGACUAGGAAUGAGAAAGAUUCUAGGCUUCACUUUCGUUACAGCAUUUUAUUAUUAUUAUUAUU